AUGAUCAAUCUGCAUCAUGGUAAAUAUCUGAAGUAUCAGCAACGAAACAGGAAGCUAGUUGAAGUUGUCAUUGAUCUGAUUAAUUGUAAUGACCAUGAUUCUCUAGCUUCGCUCGCGAGGAGCGUUGGAAUCCCACCACAGUUGAGACAUGUUGUGUGGCCUAUUCUUUUGAAAUAUCACCCAAUGUGCAUUUCGCCGAACAUAAUAUCGAACGUUUACACUUGGGAUAGUGUGGAGAAUGCAUACUGCCUUUUAGAAAAUGGGAGCAGCGGAAAUAGUCAAGAAGAUUUGGAACGACUUAUAGUGAACGAUUUAAAAAAAUAUUUUCAUCUAAGGCAUAACAACAAUAGUUUCAAGAAUAAUAACGCAACCAAAACGGCUAGCUCUUCUGAAAUUUCUACCGUCUGCUCCAUGGAUUUACUUUCUUUGAAUCUUGAAGAUGAAUUAGAUAUUUUGGAAUCUUUAAAGUUGGCAUUGUUGAAAUUUUUAAAAAAAUGGUCAAAAGUCUUCAGAUAUGAAAGUGGACUAUCCUGGAUUGCGACGGGUUUAGCUGAAUGGGUUCCAGUAAAUGGUACAGAUAGCACUCAUGAGGAAAAAAGUGACAUUGAUGGUGAGGAUGAAGGCCCUGUAAUAUUGAAUGGUAAAAAACAUACGCAUUCACCAUGUCAUUCUCCCCCUUAUUCCUACAGCAACUUGGGCUCCGGAUACAACAAUACGUGUCUGUCGUAUUUGUACAAAGAAUACCCGUUGCCUGCGUGUUUGAGAUCAAAGUUGCCAAAAUCUUCUCCAUUCACAUUCGAUGAAAUAUACGAAAGAUUGGUCCUUGUAAUUAUGCAUUGUCCGGAUACCGUUUUAGCUCAAACACAGCUAAGAAAAGAGUCUCUUACAAAAUCAGAAAACGGUUUAGCCCAAGACAAGAAACCUUCCUCUGUAAUGAAUUACUUCCCUGUUUUGUCUGGCGGAGAUUUGUCUUUUCAGACGCAGGUUUUCUUCAGGGUUUUCUCCACAAUAUUACCGGAAUUGUAUCAGCCUUUUACAGAAGAGAGCGUCCUUCAGCCAAGCUCGAAAAGAACUAGUUGGCUCUACUGGUGGAUCAAGUGCUCAGGAGCGAGAGCAUUGCAACGACAAGAUAGAGGAAGGCUUUGGGAUAUUCUUUUAGGUUGGAGGCCAGAGCCAAAUAUGGAAGCAAUUGAUUUUUUUCUGGAUUAUAAUACAAAAAAAUUUGAUCAUUUUUAUAAUAAAGUUCCAAAAAUGCAUGAAGAAUUUAUCACUUCACUUGUCAAAAAUGAUCCAUUUUGGUUUCCGGAUUUAGAUACAAUUCCUAUGGGGUCUGAUAAGUUUAAAUUUGACUAUAACAUCUUCAAAGAGAUUUUAAGGAGGAAUCAAUACGAUCAAAGCGCAGGCGAAAAAACAGAAUCUUAUGAAAGCAAUGAAAAUGAACUUACUUUCUCUUUAAUCGAUCCCCACAUGCAAUUGGUCUUCAUCUACAUUGCCAUUUUACAAUAUAAUGAAUUCAAACUAUUAGAGUUUGAAGAGACUGAAACCUCGGAGUUUCUCAAUCAUGUUCCCAUGCUAUCAAAAGCUGAUGACGUUUGUUACCGAAAACUGUAUGAACUCACUGUUUGCACGGAUUCAAGCGUCACGAAUAGUCAAGAGGACUUGCAUAAGAGGCCAAACUCUUCCAGUAUGAGAAUCGAGGUCGGUAAUGACGCUAAAGCCUCUCACUCUUUUAAUGACCUACUUGAUAUGGCUGGAGAUAUUUGGAGGAAAUGGCUAUGGAAUGAACUGCAGGAUAGCUCUAUUAGUGUAUAA